CUAUCCCACAAUCUAUAUUCUAUCUUUUUUCCUUUACGAGCAAAAUGACUUCAAGAUCAAGUAGUUACAGCAUAGCUGAAGACGUGUUGUUGUGUCAAGUGUAUUUAGACAUAACUCAAGACCCGAUCAUCGGCAGAUAUCAAUCUGCAAAUGAUUUCUGGUCACGCGUUGAGGCUAAGUACAACGAACAACGUCAACAAAAUCACGAGCAUCGUAAUACACGUUCACUGCAUUCAAGAAUGGAUACAAUAAGUACUCAGGCACGGAAGCUAAAUGGGUGUGUGAAGCAAGUUGAGAAUUUAAACCCAAGUGGUGCUUCAGAAAAAGAUAUUCUCCCAACAAUGGCGACAAUGGAGAACUUGAUCGGGCUGGUAAAUAGAAUCCAACGAGCCUGCACUGUCUUGGGAGAUCACGGCGGCGAAGGAUCCCUCUGGGAAGCCCUUCCUUCGGUGGCCGUCGUCGGAGGGCAGAGCUCUGGCAAAUCAUCAGUCCUGGAAAGCGUUGUGGGGAGAGAUUUUCUACCUCGUGGAUCGGGCAUUGUUACAAGGAGACCAUUGGUGCUGCAACUCCAUAAGACUGAGGGUGGGGCAGAAUAUGCGGAGUUUCUUCAUGCUCCUAAAAAGAGACUUACAGAUUUUGCUGCUGUGCGACAAGAGAUUUCAGAUGAGACAGAUCGCAUUACUGGGAAAACCAAGCAAAUAUCAAAUGUCCCAAUUCACCUGAGCAUCUAUUCUCCUAAUGUUGUAAAUCUAACUCUUGUAGAUCUUCCUGGGCUGACAAAGGUUGCUGUAGAGGGGCAACCAGAGAGUAUUGUAGAAGAUAUUGAAAUGAUGGUGCGCUCUUAUGUGGCAAAGCCCAAUUGCAUCAUUUUGGCUAUUUCUCCAGCCAACCAAGACAUUGCAACUUCUGAUGCUAUAAAACUUGCAAGAGAAGUUGAUCCUUCAGGAGAAAGGACAUUUGGAGUGUUAACUAAACUAGAUCUGAUGGAUCAAGGAACAAAUGCCUUGGAUGUGCUUGAAGGUAGGUCAUACAGGCUCCAACAUCCGUGGGUUGGAAUUGUGAAUCGUUCACAGGCUGACAUUAAUAAGAAUGUUGACAUGAUGUAUGCCCGUCGUAAGGAACAAGAGUAUUUUGAGUCCAGCCCUGAAUAUGGACAUCUAGCUCAUAAAAUGGGUUCUGAGUAUCUGGCAAAACUUCUCUCACAGCAUUUGGAGGUUGUCAUUAGGCAGCGCAUACCGGGUAUCAUUGCACUAAUAAAUAAGACCAUAGAUGAGCUUAAUGCGGAGUUGGAUCGUAUUGGACGGCCUGUUGGUGUAGAUGGAGGGGCACAUCUGUAUACAAUAUUGCAAAUGUGCCGUGCAUUUGAUCGCAUAUUUCGAGAACAUCUUGAUGGAGGGAGGCCAGGUGGUGAUAGGAUAUAUGCUGUCUUUGAUCAUCAGCUCCCCUCUGCCAUGAAAAAGCUUCCUCUGGAUCGCCACCUUUCGUUGAAUAAUGUCAAGAAAGUCAUUUCUGAGGCAGACGGUUAUCAGCCUCACCUGAUUGCACCUGAACAAGGAUACAUGAGAUUGAUUGAUGGAUCCCUUGGAUACUUCAAGGGUCCUGCUGAAGCUUCUGUUGAUGCGGUGCACAUCAUAUUGAAAGAAUUGGUGAGGAAGUCCAUUGCCCAGACAGAGGAAUUGAAGCGAUUCCCAACACUUCAAUCUGAUAUAGCUGCUGCUGCAAAUGAUGCACUUGAGAGAUUUCGUGAUGAAAGUCGCAAGACGGUUACGAGACUGGUGGAAAUGGAAUCUUCAUACCUGACUGUGGAGUUUUUCAGGAAGCUUCAGACAGAGCCAGAGAAAAAUGCAAACACAAACCAAAAUAGUUCAAAUACAGACCGCUACACUGAUCAUCAUCUCAGAAGAAUUGGAUCAAAUGUCACUGCAUAUGUUGGCAUGGUAUGCGACACAUUAAAGGUUACUAUUCCCAAGGCAGUUGUUUAUUGCCAAGUUCGAGAGGCUAAGAGAGCACUGUUAAACAGGUUCUACUCUGAAGUUGGAAGGAGAGAGAAGGAGCAAUUGGGGAAAAUGCUGGAUGAAGAUCCUUCACUAAUGGCAAAGAGGGAGGCCAUAGCCAAGAGGCUGGAGCUGUACAAGUCUGCUAGAGAUGAGAUUGACUCUGUUGCCUGGAAAUGAAAAACUGGCCAAAUUCUUCCAAUCUUCUCCCUUACAUCUGUCUAGUUAAUUGAUUAGUUCACACAUAUAUAGCAUUCUCAUUAUUUGAUUUAUAGUUCGAGUAUGCUAAAUCAUACUUCUUAUUCUUUUUCCACACAAAAAUAAUAAUAGAUCGAAAUGCCCCUGAUGUAAACAUGUUAACAUGUAUUCUUAUUGCCAGU